AUCUCGAAACCAGAGAGAGAGAGAGAGAUAAGACACAUCCAUUGGCAUUGUUUACGCCCACCAACGGUCAAGAUUCCCUGUAAACUUUCCACCAAACCCAUCCUCGCCCUUCAUCUCUCACAGUUUACUUUAACCACAGUUCUCCAACCCCACCCCACCCCACCCAUAGUUGAAAUCUUCAACCAUGGUUAUGAUUGCUUGGUGUUCCUUUCUCUGUCUGAAAUGAAAUGAAAAGGAUCUACUCCAGCUGCUUUAAACACCAUUGACUCCUCAAAGAGGGAGACAAGAGAGAGAGAGAGAGAGAGAGAGAAUACAAGAGGUGGAGUCUGUGGAGACUAUGGUUUGGGGUUUGGUUUCUCUCUCUUUGAUGAUCACUCGAGAGCUCCUUCUCCUUUUCCAUCUAGGUCAGAUUCAGUACAAGUGGGAAAUUAGAUACUCAGAUCUACUAUGAAUUCCUACUCAUCUCUUUUGUUUUCUUCUCUGUAAUCAUCACUUUUUCAUUUCAACAUCAUAACUCCCUCCCCAACUAAUCUCUACCCGUUUUCUUCUUAUCUUUAUCCAAUAACCUCUUCUCUUUCCCCUUCCCUCGAUUAUUAUCAGUUUUCUUUCGAUCCAUUAUUUUUAUUUUUAUUUCUAUUUCUAUUUCUAUUUCUAUUUCAGAUCUAAUCUAAAAGACCAGUUUGUGCACGAUUUUUCUUUCAUUUUCCACGAAUCCUUAGCUCUAGCCUAGUUGUCAAGAUCUGUUUCCCGAUCUAGUUAAGAAAAAAAAAAAACAUUUUUUUCCUGCCGAUUCAUGAACUGUUAGCCUUUUAGUUUCUUAGCUCUGAUAGUCAACCGUAGCUUUUUCUGGAUUUUUUUUUAGGUUUCGUCGAUUCAGUUAGUAUUAGUUUUGUGCGUGUAGACUGAAAUAUAGCCUCUUGAUCUGGGAAAAGCAGACUUUUUUUGUAGUCUCUUCGAUCAACUUCGUCCUUCAAUAAAACCGUAUGUCGAUUUUAGCAAUUAUUCGUUAUUGAAGGAUGAAUUACUUCCCAGAAGAGGUAUUAGAACACGUAUUUGACUUCCUGACGUCACACCGGGACCGAAAUGCUGUCUCAGUGGUGUGCAAGUCGUGGUAUACGGUGGAGAGGUUCAGCAGAGAGAGGGUAUUCAUAGGGAACUGCUACGCGAUCAGCCCGGAGAGGUUGAUCGACAGGUUUCCUAGGGUUAGGUCACUAACUUUGAAGGGGAUGCCCCAUUUUGCUGACUUCAAUUUGGUGCCUAACGAUUGGGGAGGGUUUGUGUACCCGUGGAUCGAGGCCAUGGCCAAGAGUGGCGUGAAUCUGGAGGAGCUGAGGUUGAAGAGGAUGGUGGUUUCUGAUGAGGGGCUUGAGCUGCUCUCUCGUUCUUUCGCAAAUUUCAAGUCUUUGGUUUUAGUUAGCUGUGAAGGGUUCACCACUGACGGCCUCGCUGCUAUAGCUUCCAAUUGCAGGUUUCUGAGGGAGCUAGACUUGCAAGAAAAUGAAGUUGAGGAUCACAGAGGCCAGUGGCUUAGCUGCUUUCCUGACAGCUGCACAUCACUUGUCUCCUUGAAUUUUGCAUGCCUUAAAGGAGAAGUUAAUUUGGCAGCUCUUGAGAGACUCGUGGCGAGGUGUCGGAAGCUUAGAAGUCUCAGGUUAAAUCAUGCAGUGCCUCUUGAUUCUCUUCAAAAGAUAUUGGCACAAUCACCCCAAUUGGUAGACUUGGGCACUGGGGCCUUUGUUAGUGAUCCUAAUUCAGAGUCAUACCACAAACUACAGUCUGCAAUUCUGAAGUGCACCUCAAUUAGGAGCUUGUCAGGAUUCUUGGAGGUUGCUCCUCGCUGCUUGGAUGCCAUCUACCCAAUUUGCUUAAACCUGACUUCCCUGAAUUUGAGCUAUGCUCCUGGAAUUCAUGGUAGCGAUCUUAUAAAGCUAAUCCGUAACUGCAGGAAACUUCAGCGCUUAUGGGUACUGGAUUGCAUCGGAGAUAAAGGCUUAGAGGUUGUGGCAUCCACAUGCAAAGAAUUGCAGGAGUUGAGGGUUUUCCCAUCUGAUCCUCAUGGAGUAGGGCAUGCUGCUGUAACUGAAGAAGGCUUGGUGGCUAUUUCUGCUGGUUGCCCCAAGCUUCAUUCAUUGCUUUACUUCUGCCAGCAGAUGACCAACGCUGCCCUAAUUAAUGUGGCCAAGAAUUGCCCGAACUUUAUUCGAUUCCGAUUGUGCACCCUCAACCCCACAAUACCAGAUCCCGUGACCUUACAGCCGCUGGAUGAAGGCUUUGGGGCUAUAGUUCAAUCUUGCAAGCGUCUCAGGCGGCUGUCGCUCUCUGGCCUCCUGACGGAUCAGGUUUUCCUUUACAUAGGAAUGUAUGCCGAGCAGCUUGAAAUGCUUUCCGUUGCAUUUGCUGGUGAAACCGACAAGGGAAUGCUUUAUGUUUUGAAUGGAUGCAAGAAGCUUAAGAAGCUAGAGAUCAGGGAUAGCCCUUUUGGUAACGUGGGGCUUCUAAUGGACGUGGGAAAGUAUGAAACAAUGCGAUCCCUUUGGAUGUCGUCCUGCGAAGUUACCCUUGGAGGCUGCAAGGCACUUGCAAAGAAGAUGCCGAGGCUUAAUGUGGAGAUCAUAGAUGAAAACGGCCUAAUAGAGGUUAACCCUGAUGAUGAUGAUAGACAAAAGGUUGAGAAGAUGUACCUGUAUCGGACACUGGUUGGGCCCAGGAGAGAUGCACCAGAAUUUGUGUGGACGCUCUAGAUGAUGAUGCAUCAUGGGUAUGUGUGGAUUCAUAUUACAUUGGUUUGGCUGGGCCAAUUGUUUGAUGUUAUAAAUUAGUUGUAUUCUGUUGGGGAAAACAAUCUCAAGGAUUUUUAGUAUGCUAUUGUUAAAGUAUCUGCUUUUUCAUGUAUAACUCUGGUAAUAAGUACUGUAAUAUUCUCUCAA